AAAUCUUCAAGGCCGUUGCGUUGUGUUGUCGCGGCGGCGGACUGAGAUCGAUCUCCGUAUUUUCUAAAGCUUACAGGCAUCCUCCUCUUGCUGGAUGGCAGCAAGUAAGAUCAUUGGCAGCGGGCGUCACGACGCACUGGAGUUUUUGUUUUGUUUUGAAUCCACUGAAAAAACGUCGAUCCCGAUGAUGAUGAAGCAGGUCUCUUGAUGGUCCAUUCUCGGCACGGUCUGUGAUUUUUUUUUGUGCGAAGAAGAGUUGUGAAGUUUGAUAUUUAUGCUUUGUGAUCGAAUUUAUUGCGUUUUUCCAAUAGCAUCCAAGUUCUAUCCAUAUCCUGUGACUGUCUUGAAGAGUGUGUGUGUACGCUAGUUUUGAGGAAGUUGCAAGAUAAAUCGCCCGUUUUACCGUUCUUUGCGGUAAAGAAACACACAAGCCAUGUGGAACAUGAAAAAAGAGGCAGCUCCAGCCGAACCGCCAAAAGGAACCGAACCGCCAUCAAAAGCAACCCUGGAGCUGUACUUUCUGUUGUUGGAGAACCGUAGUGCUAGUAUAUGGAGCCACAAGUUUGUACAUAUAUACAGAGGGCGAGCGCGAGGCAUAUGACAGGUGCGAUCUUUUCUAGUUUAGCGUACAAAUGAGCAUGGUGGCUCGACAUGAAAUGUUUGCAAAAAAUGAUAAAACAGGAUCUGGAAAGUGCAAAUGCUUUUUGGAUUUGCGGGGCUUUGCGCGGCGAUGCAGGUUGUUGGCGACUUAACAGGAAUGAUCGAGCGUUUCUAGCAGAAUGGUGCGGGUGUCGUGCGAAUGUAGACAACGAGAUGAUUCGAUUUGAAAGUGACGUUACCGGUGUUGAAACAAGGAACGACUACGAUUGAAACCAAGUAUAGUGAAAAACCAAACGACUGCUACGCAUAUACGGCGAGCACAUUCAUCAAGCAACUGGACGCGUAGGCGCACUCCGUGGUGGCGCCUCCCCGAGAGAGCAGGGGGGCGUCGCUAUUGAGACCCGCCAGGCUCUUCUUGUUUCCAGAGUGAUAUACUCUAUCUGCUUUCCCUUUCCCCGUUGACUGUCGCGUGGGAUAGCGCCAUCGUAUGAGCGUUUCGAGCGGUCGUGUGAGUAUCUGCAGUGCGGUAGAGAUAUGUUGCAAAGCGACGAAGAGUUGAUACGCAAGGAAACGUGCGAAAAUGAGGAUCCGAG